GGGAGCUUUUUCAGUGGUGCGUAGGUGUGUAAAGAAGUCAUCCGGACAGGAGUACGCUGCAAAAAUCAUCAACACUAAGAAGCUUUCUGCACGAGAUCAUCAGAAGCUUGAGAGAGAAGCUCGUAUCUGCCGUCUCCUGAAGCACCCCAACAUCGUGAGGCUGCAUGACAGCAUUUCAGAGGAAGGCUUUCAUUACCUAGUCUUUGACCUAGUGACAGGAGGAGAGCUUUUUGAAGACAUUGUAGCCAGAGAGUACUACAGUGAGGCUGACGCCAGUCACUGCAUUAGCCAGAUCUUGGAGAGUGUCAAUCAUAUCCACCAGCAUGAUAUUGUGCACAGAGACCUCAAGCCUGAGAACCUGUUGUUGGCCAGUAAGAUGAAGGGAGCCGCAGUGAAACUGGCAGACUUUGGCCUCGCUAUCGAGGUGCAGGGAGACCAGCAGGCUUGGUUUGGGUUUGCAGGUACUCCGGGUUAUCUCUCCCCUGAAGUCUUGAGGAAGGAUCCUUACGGAAAGCCUGUGGACAUUUGGGCCUGUGGUGUUAUUCUCUAUAUCUUGUUAGUUGGAUAUCCUCCUUUCUGGGAUGAAGAUCAACACAAACUCUAUCAGCAGAUCAAAGCUGGAGCGUACGAUUUCCCGUCCCCAGAGUGGGACACUGUGACUCCAGAAGCAAAGAACCUGAUCAACCAGAUGUUGACCAUCAACCCAGCCAAGAGAAUCACUGCUGAGCAAGCCCUCAAACACCCAUGGGUCUGUCACCGUUCUACAGUGGCGUCCAUGAUGCACAGGCAGGAAACUGUCGAAUGUCUCCGUAAAUUCAACGCUCGCCGAAAACUCAAGGGAGCCAUUCUCACCACCAUGCUGGUGUCCAGAAACUUCUCAGUGGGCCGGCAGCAUACCAACUCUGCUGCUGCCGCCUCCUCCACGGCCUCACUGGCUCAGGAAGCAUGCAAAAGUUUACUCAACAAGAAGUCUGAUUCUGCCAAGCCUUCCACCAACAACAGUAAGAACAGUAUAGUGAGCGCCAUCAAUGCCCUGAAAGACACCAACAUGGCAACCAACGCCCAGAUGGAAUCUCAGAGCACAGUGGUGCACAAUCCUCCUGAUGGAGUCAAGGGAUCAACAGAAAGCAACGCCACAAACGAUGAGGAGGAAAUGAAAGGUAGGAAAGCGGACAGUUCGGCGCUGAGUCAGAGCAGUGCCGCAGAGGAGAUGCCCCCACUUCUGCCCUCACCUCAAAGCUCACCUGCCAUUCCACCGCAUGACGUAAAGCGUAUGGCAUGGAACAGCACGGGCAACAGCUCCUGUCCCGACUCUGACCACUCGCAGUCCUCCAUUCCUGCCGCUCCAAUAGGGAGCAACACUGUUGCUGCUAAAAGCAACACAAAGCUGACUCGUAAACAGGAGAUCAUUAAGAUAACGGAGCAGCUGAUUGAAGCAAUCAACAAUGGAGAUUUUGAAGCCUACACGAGGAUUUGUGAUCCUGGACUCACCUCUUUUGAACCAGAGGCCCUGGGAAACUUAGUGGAGGGCAUGGACUUCCACAAGUUCUACUUUGAAAACU